GAGGUUGCAAAUGAAGAAGAAGAAGUAGAAGAAGUGUUCAUGGAGGAAGCUUACAAAGAAACAGAGGUGCCUCCAUGGAAGAAGCAAAUAACAGUUAGGGCAAUGGCAACAAGCUUUGGAUUGAGUGUGGUGUUAAAUUUCAUAGUUCGUAACCUAAAACUAACAGUAAUGUUAAAUGUAGUAGAUAAUCCUUGGCAAAUAUUAUCAUUCAUAAUUAUCUUAUAAGUGCAAUUCUCAAGUGAAAAUGAAUUUAGAAAUUUUUGUGUUUAAUAUUUGUUGUAAGAUUUGUGCAUUAUAAUUAUUAUUAGAUAUAUUAUUUAAAAUAUUUGAGAAUAAAAAGAUAAUAGAAGGUUGUUAUUCUUCCACAGCCUGAAAACACAACCAUUCAAUUGGCUAAGAUGGCUUUGACAUCAACCCCAUCUUCUCCCUCAUGUGCCACAAUCUAUUCACCUCACCCUCUCUCACUUCUUCCCAAAUGCACCUCUCUUCAAUUGCUCAAGCAAAUCCAAGCCUUUACCAUCAAAACCCACCUCCAAUAUGAUCCCAAUGUUAUUACUAAGCUCAUUAAUUCUUGUACUGUUGAUCCUACUUCUUCUUCUAUGGACCACGCUCACCAGCUGUUUGAAACAAUUCCCCAACCAGACAUCCUCCUCUUUAACAUCAUGGCUCGUGGUUAUUCCCGGUCAAACAACUCACUCAAAGCCAUUUCCCUGUUUAUUAAGGCUUUGAAUGAUGGCUGUUUCCCUGAUGAUUACACUUUCCCUUCUCUACUUAAAGCUUGUGCUAAUGCUGAAGCCUUUCAAGAAGGUAAACAAUUGCAUGGCCUUGCCAUUAAACUCGGGCUAAAUGAGAAUAUUUAUGUACUUCCUACAUUAAUAAAUAUGUACACCCAGUGUAAUGAUGUGGAUGGAGCUCGACGAGUGUUUGAUAAGAUAACUGAACCUUGUGUUGUUUCGUAUAAUGCAAUCAUAAUGGGUUAUGCUCGAAGUAGCAGGCCUAAUGAGGCAUUGUCAUUGUUUCGUGAAUUGCAGGCAAGGAAACUUGAGCCUACUGAUGUCACAAUGCUUAGUGUUCUAUCAUCUUGUGCUUUGUUGGGAGCAUUGGACUUGGGGAAGUGGAUACAUGAGUAUGUCAAGAAGAAUGGUUUGGAUAAAUAUGUGAAGGUGAAUACUGCACUGAUAGAUAUGUAUGCCAAGUGUGGGAGUUUGGAUGAUGCCAUUUCUGUCUUUAAGAGCAUGAGUGCAAGAGAUACACAGGCUUGGUCAGCUAUUAUUGUGGCCUAUGCAACACAUGGGCAGGCUCGUAAAGCUAUAUUUAUGUUUGAAGAAAUGAGAAAGGCAAGAGUGAAACCUGAUGAAAUUACAUUUUUAGGCCUUUUGUAUGCUUGUAGUCACACUGGAUUAGUAGAGGAAGGUUGUCAAUACUUCUAUAGCAUGACCAACGCAUAUGGGAUUAUUCCUGGCAUCAAGCAUUAUGGUUGUAUGGUGGAUUUGCUAGGUCGAGCAGGACGGUUGGAUGAAGCUUAUAAGUUCAUAGAUGAAUUGCCAAUCGAACCCACACCUAUACUAUGGCGAACAUUGUUAUCUGCUUGUAGCAGCCAUGGCAAUGUAGAAUUAGGGAAGCAAGUGACUGAACGAAUUUUUGAACUAGAUAACUCUCACGGUGGAGAUUAUGUGAUUUUAUCUAACUUGUAUGCAAGAGUUAGAAAAUGGGAAGAUGUGGAUUCUUUAAGGAAAUUGAUGAUUGAUAGAGGGGUGGUAAAGAUUCCUGGAUGCAGUUCCAUAGAGGUGAACAAUGUAGUACAUGAAUUCUUUUCUGGGGAAGGGGUGCACUAUGUUUCUUCAGAUUUGCAUCGAGCGCUUGAUGAGUUGGUCAAGGAGUUAAAAAUGGUUGGUUAUGUUCCAGAUACUUCUCUAGUCUUUCAUGCUGACAUGAAUGACGAAGAGAAAGAAAUUGCUCUUAGAUAUCAUAGUGAGAAAUUAGCCAUUGCAUUUGGCUUACUUAACACUCCACCUGGGACAACAAUCCGUGUGGUGAAGAACCUUCGAGUUUGUGGGGAUUGUCAUUCUGCUGCUAAACUUAUAUCAUCUAUUUUUGAUAGGCAAAUAAUUCUUCGAGAUGUGCAGAGAUUCCACCAUUUCAAAGAUGGAAAAUGCUCUUGUGGGGAUUAUUGGUAAUAAACCAAAUCAAAAUUCCUCAAUACGACUGGGAUAUUUGCAUUGGCGGCCUUCUUAACACUUCUCCCUACAGCCUGUGGACGGAUGGAGCUGAAUUUACAUUUCCUCUAGAAUCAUCAUUCAUUCAAUACAAGCUUUCAGAAUCAUUCUGAGUCAGGAAUUGCAAGCAAGGUUGGUUCUGUUAACUUUUUAGCAGGCUUAUUAUUUGUGUAUUUGAACCAUUGAUGCACACCAGUAGGUAUGGAUCACUAUUCUUUAUAUAUAUAUAUACGUACGUACUUGUACUAGAAAGGCACAUUUUUGUUUUGUAAAGCUUCAAGGAGUUAACCUUAGGUUUCAAGAAUGUAGGCGAGUAAUCUAAAUGUUAUUCAAGGACUUCUCUUGUUUAGACCUCGUCCAUUAUGAAUCAAAAAAUUUAUAUAUAGGUCGAGGCGUACGAUCUCAACCCUGUUGAAACACUACUACCAAUUAUGAACAGGGCUUGGCCUUUCUUAUAAGGAUUGUGAUAUGCCCUCCUAUACAUAAAUGCAAAUAAUGUACUUGCAUUGUUGCCAACUAUAAUAUGAUUUCUAUCACCAAUCAGAUUUAUGAUGUUUGAC